UGUCUGCAGAAGCAUUAAGUCGAGCUCGCCUGGCAGCCGAAAGCAACAAUGCUGCGUUUCUCAGCACAAUUCAUCAAGAUGCAUUUACUGCCAUUGGUGAUGAUCCUGCCUGUUUUUAUGGUGGUGAAUGCAGCUACACCCCCUUGUGACCCAGACACCCAAUAUGAGCUCUAUGGCCAGUGCUGCUUGAUGUGUGGUCCAGGGACCUACAUGACGUCUCAAAGCACUUGUGAUGAGCCACAGUGUGUAAGCUGUGGGAAGAAUGAAUAUCAGGACUCGUACACAACUGAACCCAAGUGUAAACUUCAGCAGUACUGCGACCCAAAUCGAAACUUUAAGCCUGUUGAUUUUGAUGAGAAAAGCAAGACUGAAAGAUACAGCUGCCAGUGUGCUGAGGGGUUCCACUGCACUGGGGAGAUCUGUUUAGUCUGUGUUGAGCACAAAACAUGCAAACCAGGAGAGCGGAUUCAAUACAAAGGUAAUCAGACACAUGACAGAGUGUGUCAGAAAUGUCCUGAAGGCACAUUUAUUGAAUCAUCGGAAGGUGACUGUAAGAAAUGGAAAGAAUGUGAGCGUGGAUACCAUAUUGUAACGAACGGAACAAUCUCAUCUGACAACGUCUGUGCUGCAAACUCCCGGUUACAUCUACCUGUGAUUGGUGUUAGCAUUGCUUUGGUUGCGUUGGCGGCUUUAGCAAGUUUGGCGGUUUGGCUAUUCAGAGGUAAAAGAGCUGCAAAAGAAAAGGUAAAGCUCUGCGAUGAGGCGUGUGCAGAAGUUGAAAGGCUGCCACACAAAGAAGACCCACUAAUAACAUUCCCAACUCCCGAUCCUAUCAGUGACGACGUGCCCCACACUACAAUUCCGUUGCCAACGGAAGAUAUCGGUAGUGUGCCAGAGGAAAACGAGCUCCAGCCGAGCCAAACUGAAAAUGGCUACACUGACAAUGGAAACGUAGUGAGGCAGGAGAACGGGAAAUCGUACAUCUUCCCUCGACAGGAAUCACGGACACUGUCACACGAGUCCUUGUCGUUUUUUAGCGAUAUGUGAUCAUGCUACCUGUCGGAUAUUGUUACUGCAUAUUGCACCUGUAUCUAAAAAUGUACAUAUCUGCCUUUAAAAUUUCAAACAAUGUGAUGUAAUGUAGUGUAUAACAGUAUAGUGUAAUGUAAUAUGUGACUUUGAUUUGCUGCAUUAGCUCAGUAGCUUUUUUCAGUGUGUGUUUCCAUUGUGUGUGUGUGUGUGUGUGUGUGUAUCCAUGGUACUUUUGUUAAUAUUUGCACUAUGUAAAAAGAAAAAAAGUGUUUAGCUGUAAUAUUUGUGUAUUAUCUUGUAUAUUUUACUGUGCAUUAAAAGUGUUAUACCACA